AUGGAGGUUCAACCAUUUAACCAGGAAGCCUUCGACGCAGCCGCGAUAGAGGAGAGCACUGAUGAAAUCAAGGGCAUCGGUCAAACCAUCCACUGGAGGAAUUGUGAUCGUGGAUUCCAAAAGAAAUGCCAAGGCGGCGUAUGGCUGGGCAUGCCUAAGGAGGGAGGGUGGGUGAAGGUCGACCCGGGCUUUUCUGUUUACUUUGUGAGGGGCUCCAAGGGCGAGGUCCGGACGGCGGAUGCGGCAUAA